UUUAGGGGACGACAGUUAGCUAGAAUCGAUAGCUAGCUACAACGUUUCAAAAUGUAUAUAUUCAUGUUUUACGCAUUGUAGCUUUGGUUUAAAGUCCCAAUCCCGCGUAGACUUCAAGUAUUGUUUCGAUCAUUUGCAGUGAAAUGUUGGUGACGUUAAUAAUUUAAUUAAUCGAAUCAUUUACAGAGAUAGCGUGUAGGAAAUGAUUAGCUAGCGAGCUUGUUUUGUUGCUAGCAAGAGUAAUGUGAGCAACAAUGGGAAAAGGGGAUACCUAGCCAGUUGCACAACAAUGUAUUCAACCGAAAUUGUGUCUUCCGCAUAAUGUGGUAGUAAUGUAACUAGUUAGUGAUCCAGUAUCUACUAGCUAUGUUGACAUUGUUUUUUGAGUUGCCAAGAAAGCUGUAGUUUUAGGGUAAUUAGCUAAUAUGAUUGUUCUUAGUAAAAUUCAUAUCACUCAGUGUGAAUCUCUGGUUGACGUUCCAAGCAAGAGAGGCUUCGAGAUGUUGUGGUCAUAUCAAUUAUCAGAGAGGAAGAAAUUAAACAAUAACUUACACUAGAAAAUCUUUGAAAAUACCCAGUUUUGGUGUUUUUUAAUAGACUAGCUACAUACAAUCCCAUAGAGCGCUAACCUGUGGUUGGUGUCUAAAGUCACCGAGACAACCAGGUAGAGCUGUGCCAAAAUGGAUGUCCAGUUGUCCAUCAGCUUCCUGAGGGACAGACUGGGCGGGGCCAUUGACGAGGCAGUGCGUACAGCAGUGGAGUCUGUGCUGUGUGAGACUGUGCGUCUGUUAACCGGGCUCCAAGGGGACCAGCAGCAUGGACUUUCCUCAGUGACCCUGAGGGACCAGGACACCCUGGGACUGAAGCAGAGGUUUGAAGCCCCCAGCGGGGGUGACUGGAGGGUGCAGGCUGGGUCUUCAGGGGCAUUCUGUAACACAGGACCGAGGGUUAGUGGUGGGCGCUGCAACACUAAGAAUCCAAUGGGUCAGACCACUUGCUCAACCUCCCAAGCAUCACAAAGGACCACCGUAGAGCCCCAUCCCCAGGAGGUGGUGGAGGACUGUGCUGGACUGCCUGACCCGUUUGACCUUGUGUCGGCUGGGCCAGUGAUGGUGGACUAUGAGGAGGGUCAGGGCAUGGGGAUCCCAGAGGAGUGGGAACUGAUGAACAAAGUGUACAAGACGGAGCACAAUGAAGACAUGGCCCUUAUUGAUGCGGGCAGUACCACUCAAUUUGCAGAUGACCACAGGCUGCAUGAAGGAGACCAGAGGACUGUGGCUGUGCCCCUGGAGGGAGAGAUGGCUGCCAAGCCCCAGGACGCAUUGCACCCCUGCUUCAGCCCAGCCAACAUCAAAACAGAGCGACCUGAUAUAGAGAGAUGCUGCAUGGCUGAGGAGGCCCUUGCUCUGCCUCUGGCUCAUCCUGCUAAUAGUGGUGUGGAGGCCGGUGAGUUUGGGCAGGAGCAGGUGGAGGCUGGUCCACAGGACUUUGUAGAUCGCCUGCGCCUGUGGCUGGAGCAGCUGUGUCCUGAGGUGGUCCGGGAGUACGAGAGGGAGGGCUGUCUGUGUGAGCUGUCCCGCAGGAAGCUUAUCAAGUUCUCUGUGUCCUUCAUCGUGGAGGAGUUUGGAUUCUACCCUACCUCUGCUCAGAAGACCAUGCUGGCAGAGCACAUAGUGGAGCUCUUCCCAGGACUCAGGCUCUGUGCACCCUCUGCUGGCAUCAACGGCAUAGAACACUUGUACGACCCUUUGUCCCGUACGGGUUACAUUGAGACGCGCCUGCGCAACUCUCGACGCACCCUUGAAGACCACAAGAAGAAGUAUGUGCUGAAGAGGCGUCGGCCAGAGCCAGGCUUGGCGGACCCUCCUGUACCUAGAUUGGGGUCUGGGCUCCUGGAGAGACAGUCCAGUGAGGAGACCCAGAGGUGGAUGGAGCUGAUGAAGAGAACCAGGCCCCUGACCAGGAAUCUGCCUGCCAUCCACAGUGCUAUGGACCUCACAUUCAACGCACGCAGGAGGUGGAUUAGCAACACACGGCCUAGUAUGAGGGCUGUGUUGGCCGAGUACCCACGUUUUCUUGACGUUCCCACCACGAUUGACCUGGAGUUUGAGAGGAUGUUCCCAGGUAAAGGCCACUCCUUCCUGGCCCAGUGGUCGUCGUUCGUGUUGCCCAGGCUGUACCAGAUUGCAGAGUGUGAAAAACACCCGGACAUCUCUGCACUUCUCCAACUGGCUGCCACACAGCAAGGAGACUCCUACACCAUGACUAUGCUGAAAGUCCUGAUCUAUGUACUACCACCAACAAACACCAGUAGAGCCUCCUUACCCUCCAGGAGCAGUGUCAGGCAGGCCAUUCGGUAUCUGGUGGACAUUGUACCGAUAGACACCAUGGUGUCCUCCUUAUUCUGUGACCUUACCUCCUUGGAGGGCCCAGAGUCUGUGUCCCACGCUCAGCCCUACAUAUUGAGCGUGGGGCCCCUGGAGGCCCCUGGCCGGCAGCUUUGCAUCGUGUUCCCUGUUGAUAGGAUUGCAAUCCCCCUGCCUCAGGAGGGCCUGAGCAAUGCACUGGACAAGCUUUUCAAGCUUCUGCGUGUGUUUGAACUGGGGUACCCAGAUCAGCUAGCCUCCCUGUAUGGCUUCCUUGAGCACCUGUAUGGGCUGGAGAUGACCCCACAAGACAACCAUGACUCCCCCAGUGGCAAGGGGUCAAAAGUGCUUGAACUUUUAUCACGGCUCCACAUGCCCUCCUGACAGAAGGCAUAGGUCUAUACAAGAAUUGAACUCGCCCCACAGACUUACCUUUUUAUUUUUUAAAUGUUUUGUUAUAGCCGUCCUUUACAGAACACCUCCUUUACUAUGUUCUGGAUUUGCCCCAAAGUUAAAGUAUGUCAGACUGAACUGAGCAAUGCUGAUGGA